AUGCUCAACAUACUCCCCAAUGGAAAAUCAUUCAAGAAGGAAGAAAGAUCAGCUGUUAAAAAAGAUAUUAAAGAGUGGUUUGCCCAGUACAGUCGUAAGAGAAGUCAGAAAAUGCCAAGGAUGGGAAAGUCGUGGCACGCCCGGCGUGUGUUCCAGCAUGAGAACAAGGACGCCAUCGAUACCGAAGCGAAAAGGCUUUGUGCCGAAGCCAUUGAAGAGGGACAAAAGAGGCCUAAAGGGGGAGAUCCCACUCAUUUUGAUUUUCGGGAGCGGGUCGUGACUCAAAUGAUGGGAAAACUGAAGAAAAGGGAGAAAGACGUACUGCAGAGGACGGCCGAGGAGUACAACAAGAAGGGAGUUGACCCGGAACUCAAGUCCAAACUGGCUGUAAAGAACUGCAUGGCUCGGAUGCAUGCAUUUUCCAAGGAACUUUAUGACACAAUGGGUGUCCGGGUCUUUAUCUUAGGAUGUUAUCUGAAGCCCGAUGGUAAUUUGGACGUCUCGACGUACGACUUCAAUCAAGAACUCGGCAAUGGGAAAGACUUUAUUGAUAACCAUAGCCGGACUUUCCAUGAGGAAGGAAUAUCGGUAUCUUCUUGGAGAGCACACAAUGAAGAAUACUAUGGGUUGGAGGAUCUUGCUUCGGCCAAAGGAGGACACCAAUCCCGGGAUACCAGCCCCGAGCUUCAGCCUCGGUACAACGACACCCGGGCUCUCUCCCAUGAAGUACCAUCGGACACUGAGGUCUUGGCUGAUGAUACAUUUUGGGAAGCUGACCUGGGCUGUGGGGUGGAGUCGGCCGAUCGAGCGAAGAAGAGAAAAUUCACUGAUGAGGAGGAUACACCCUGCAAGUUUCCUCGGUUAGAGAAGGGUUACAAACUUGGCCCGAGGAGUGCCCGACCAGGCAAAGUCAAAUGCCGAGCUGCCUCAGCUGUUAUCCAAGCCACUGUCAAACCAGCUCAAGCAACCAAUCUGAGGUCGGACACAACCAAAGCUUCGAAUAGCUUUGAUUUCACUAAGUCAAGUGGUGUCAACGCAAAACGACCAGUCCCUUCAAAACAAAAGGAGUCAGAGGCCGGUCCCAGUCAGCAACCAUCUAUUGAUGUCCCCACCAAGCCAAAACCAAAACCUCGUCCUAUCAUGAAAGGCAAGGUUUCUACAGGGGAACUCGGUAUAGUAACCCGAGAACGGUCGAAAAAGAUUGCUGAAGAAAGUGUUCGUUCCACCCGGUCCAAGAAAGUUUCAUUCGUCAGUUAA